AUGAAAAUUCUGAUACCACCGAAGAAAGAACAGCCAAAUCUGAUAUCCACACUAUUCGAAGAGUUUUUGCUGGAUGAUUCCAGAAAACGAAGCCAACAACAAGUCGUUUCAUUCUCGAAACUCCUCAUUGAACAAUCCGGAAAACUACGUGAAGAUUCGAAACCAACUGAAGAAGAAAGUCUGCAAUUGGAGAAUCUUAGGAAUACAUUGAAUAACCAAUGGAAAGAGCAGAGUGAUUUGAUUGCAGAAAAUAAGGUUUACGUUUGUUAUGCUAAAAUUAGCUUGCUGAUCAUUUUAACACUCGUCUCUGUUUGCUACACAAUGGGGUUUUUACAUAUUCUAAAUGUGAAUGACAUUUGGUAUCCAAUUGUUAUUAUCAUAGAGAUCCUGAUGUCAUUGGUUGUUUUAUACCGCCUUCUGAAACUCCGUCAACGGAUCAUAACUGAAAGUCAAUCAGAUGUAGAGCUUGGUACCGAAAAACAGAUUGUCUUAGAAACCAUGAAGUUGUCUUACACCGAGCAGUUGGAAAGAUGCGUGGAUUUCUAUUCAAAGGAAGUGAUGCCACUGAAAGAAGAAGCCAAAGCACUGAGCAAUCAUGCAUAUCUUUGGGGUAUACUCUGCUUCUCUAUAUUCAUACUAAACGUAUCGAUAUUCCAAAUUUUCUGCGUCAUCGAAGCUCUCAAGCAAUUCAACAAAGAUUUGACAUUAGCUCUCCAAAUACUUGCAAAUGCAUUGCAAAUGCUUCCUGGGAUAAGCUUCAUCGCUGCAAUAGCUUUCAUUUUCGUUGUUACAUUCCUGAGAGAGAACGCAGUGGCGAUGUAG